GUGAACGGACGCAGAGGAGCAACAUGGAGGGAGAUUUGAGUCUUUGCAUGUAACAGCGACUCGGACUCAUUUCUUGGGGAUAUUCAACACAGCCUCACAAUGGAACUCGAUAAAGACAUCCAGACAACGCAAAAAGGGUUUCACUGCAACCUCUGCGUCGUUAACAUACCCAACAGGCCAAGCCUGGAAGACCAUGUCAAAGGAAAGAAACACCAACAUCUCCUGCGGCUCAGGGCUCAGCGCAAAUCUCAGGAGGAGAACAGCGUGUUUGUGAGCGGAUUCAAACCUGACACAUCUCAAACUGAUCUGAAGGAGUAUUUCGCACAGUUCGGGCCGGUGUCAGAUGUGAUCAUAGACAAGCAAAAGGGUGUCUAUGCUAUAGUUGAGUUCUCCGAGCCACAGAACGCUCAGACAGCUCUGGCACAACUACAGCAUCAGCUCAAUGGACUGAAACUCCGCGUCAAGCCCAGAGAGAGGAAAGAGUUUAAACUGGCCACCAGGGGGAAGCAGGACUCUAAAAACCCUCAGAUCAGCCUGGACAAACUCAACUACGAGCUCUGCAAGACUUCAUCUGUAAAUGAGCAGAUGCUGAAGGUGGUGGAGUGUUUCGAGUUGAAAGAAAAUGAGAAGAAAGUGAGAGAUCUUCUAGUUCAGCUCCUACAGGAAGUCUUCGCUGAGUUUUUUCCAGAUUGCCAAAUUGUGCCCUUUGGAUCCUCUGUAAACACUUUUGGGAUUCACUCCUGUGACCUAGAUCUGUUCCUCGACCUUGAGAACACCAAAGUUUUUCAGGCUCGCGCUAAGUCUUCUGAAGCACAGACAGGUGAAAAUCAAACUGAGGACUGCCGAUCUGAAGACUCCAUUUUGUCCGACAUUGACCUGUCCACUGCCACUCCUGCUGAAGUCUUGGAGCUGGUCGCAGUCAUUUUGAGGAAGUGUGUUCCAGGCGUGCACAAAGUCCAGUCCCUCAGCACUGCUCGUCUUCCUGUGGUCAAGUUCAGUCAUCGAGAUCUCAACCUCCACGGUGACAUCACCAUCAACAACAGAUUGGCAGUAAGAAACACUAGAUUUCUGCAGUUGUGUUCAGGCGUUGACUCCAGACUGCGACCCUUGGUCUAUACCCUCCGUUUAUGGGCCAAGCAGAAGCAAUUAGCGGGGAACCUGUCUGGCCCUGGACCUCUGUUGAACAAUUACGCUCUCACGCUGCUGGUGAUCUUCUACCUCCAGAAUCGAGACCCUCUUGUGCUUCCCUCUGUGAACCAGCUAAAGAACAUGGCCUGUGAGGAAGAAGAGUGUGUUAUUGAGGGAUGGGAUUGUACAUUUCCUAGUCAGCCAUUUACUGUACCGCCCAGCAAAAACACUGAAGAUCUCUGCACUUUGCUUUUUGGAUUCUUCACCUUCUACUCAAAGUUUGAUUUCACUGCAUCAGUGGUGUCUCUGCGAGACGGCCAUGUACUGCCUAUUACAGAUUUCCUCCAAAGUAACGAGGAAGCGCGGAAAACCUCUGGUCCGAAACCAAAGCGUCCAUCCACCCCCAAACUGGGGCCUAUGAAUGUCCUGGAUCCAUUUGAGCUAAACCACAACGUGGCUGGGAACCUUAACGAACGAACACAAAAGAACUUUAAGCGAGAAUGCUGUGAGGCUGAGAAGUACUGCCGCAGUUUGCAGUAUCAGCACAAAUCAGCCAAGGGCAAAGCCUGGGGCCUCGUGCGGCUCUUUGCACCAAUGACCGAACCUGGGCCCCGUUCACAGGUUGACACUGAGAAGAUUAUGGAGGUCAGCAUCCCCUUCAAAGCAGCCGUUCUCCCAGAAUCCUUGCGUGCCCAACUGGCAUUGGCUGGGAAGGGUUUUAGGGGUCUUUGGUUUGCAAAGGUCUGCUCUGCUGUGAACAUGGUGUUUCAUGAAGUCUUGAAAUGUUCAUCUUUAGAAGAAACUCAAACUACAGUUUGUCAAAAUCUGGACAAAUCAGACAGAAAUGGAAAUGAAAUGGAGGUUAAUAAUAACCGAAGUGUAGAAGAUUCUGGUCUACAAGCUAAAGGUGAGAUUGGUAAGAAGAGACCUCUAACAGUGGAGGAGGAGGGUCCAUCAACUUCCACUUUUAUACAAGCCAAAAAACAAAGACUAGAUGCUGAUAUGGAGCAUCCUGAGCCAGUCAACUGGACUUGGACUCAGAGGAACCGCGUUUGGGCAGGCCGACGGAAAGUGCGAAGAGAUCUCUUGAAGACUAGUGAUGAGACUUCCAAACCUGAAGGAGGCUGCGUUGACAUUGAGAGCAGAGUGACUCAGAGCAUUGUGGAGAGAGAGGAGCCACUGCAAGAUUUGUUGGAAUUCAGAGUAGAUGCAGAAGUUGUCGGGGGGAACGAGAGCACCAAGGUCGUCUUGCGUUUUCAUCCCAGCCACGAUACUGCUGGUGUCUUUCAAGACUUCUUCCAUUUUCUGGAGUCCUUCCUGCCAAAGAUGUCAGAAACGAUUCUAGGCAGGGCGGAGUCAUAAUUUUGUUUUCUUUUAUUCAAAAUUUAAUUUGUGCGAAAUUUGCAUAAAUUUCACCUUUCAAACAUCUACUUAGUAAAUGUUUUGAGAAUAUAGCAACAUAUUUUGCUUAUAGCAUAGUCUGUUAAAUUUAGUUUUUUUUCCUGUAUAAAUUUAGUUUGUGUAAUCUUUUUUUUUUAUGCAUAUUUGCUUCUUUAUAGUGUGUGUGUGUAUAUAUAAUACAUGUGAUCACACAUUAAAGUUUGAACUCAAACUUU